ACAGGCAUAAAAUCUUAUUCCUGCGCAAACCGACUCAAACCAAUCGGAUGCUAUAAGCUUCCGCGGUCCUCAACCCUGUACCCUGGUCUCUUUCUUAAGGUCAGGGUUCUUUGGGACAUUAUCCCAAACACCUGGAUCCUCUGUUUUUCUCAAAUUCAUCAUUUCACGAUGGCCGACGCCUUUGAAUUGGAGGACGUUCCCGAUUCUUUUCUCUGUUGCAUUUGUCUGGAUCUUCUAUACAAACCUAUAGUGCUCUCUUGUGGUCACAUGUCCUGUUUCUGGUGUGUCCAUAAGUCCAUGAAUAGUCUACGAGAGUCCCAUUGUCCAAUUUGUAGGCAUCCAUAUAAUUACUUUCCAUCCAUCUGUGAGAUGCUGCACUUCUUGCUCUUGAAGAUGUAUCCCAUUGCCUAUAAGAGAAGGGAAGAACAAAUUCUAGCGGAAGAAAAAGAAAUGGCCUUGUUUUCACCUCAAUUUGAUUGGAAUGCAUGUCGGUCACAUGCCAAUCAAGAAUAUGGUCACCUGAGGGAUCCUGAACGUGCCUCAACUACUAGUUUGGAGCCCAACUCAUGCUCAGAGUCUUGUUCCAGCAGCAAACGAGAGCCUAAUGGAAAUUGCAAGAUGGUGUCAAUCACUGAUGUACAGUGCACAGCAUGCAAGCAACUGCUUUUUCGUCCAGUUGUCCUCAACUGUGGCCAUGGGUAUUGUGAGGCUUGCAUCCUGGCUUCAGUUGAUAAGGGGCUUAAAUGUCAGACGUGUCAAUCUCUACACCCAACUGGUUUUCUAGAAGUCUGUUUGGAGCUUGAUCAUUUUGUGGAGAAACAAUUCCCUAAAGAGUAUGCCUUGAGAAGAGAUUUUGUCCAGCUAAAACAGGCACGCAUUGAGGUUGAGAAACAGACUACUUGUUCUAGAAGAGCUAGUAAAAAAAUUUCUCUUAUUUCAUCUGUGCCAAAGGAAGAGCAUUUGCUACAGGGGGCUAAUCCUACCGAGUUAAAGGUUCACAUUGGUGUUGGCUGCGAUUUUUGUGGGAUGUAUCCUAUAAUAGGGGAUAGAUACCAAUGCAAAGAUUGUGUUGAAAAAAUUGGUUUUGACCUUUGUGGAGACUGUUAUAAUACUCGCUCCAAGCGUCCUGGGAGGUUCAAUCAGCAGCAUACACCGAACCACAAGUUUGAGCGUAUAAAGUCCAGCUUUCAUCAUGUACUAAUGAGGCUGGUGAGUGACCAGUUUGCGGAUGUUUCUGUUGCUUUAACUGACUAUGAUGAUCCUUCAGAAGUUGCGGAAAAUGAAUCCCCCAUCUCCCCUUUGUCUGCUGACACUCAUGAGAGUACCAGCAAUAGUUUGGAUACUUCUGUUAUCCAAACCGAAGGUGCAGAUGAUCAAAAUGAGACCGAAUCAACAAUUUGAAUUUUCCCCAUUUGCGAUUGCAUUGGGUUUGGCUGUGUUGGUUUAUCAAAUCAUUCCCAAAGAAGAACAAGUUUGCCAUGUUUCAAUGUAUAGUUUGGUACAUUUCUCGCCGUCUCGUAUAUUCACGGCUCCUAUAAAAUUACGUGAUCAUACGUUCUUGUUUUGUAGCCCUAAUUAGGUAUUGGCAUUUGCUUUGCUAUGCCUUAAUGUACUAAACAUCCUUCUUUCUGCAUGGUUUAUCUAUUUGGGCUUGUACGAUCCUUGCAUUUGCUUUAUAUCUUAUUCACUUAUUUAUUUGCUCUAA